GCCCUAACACUUCAUUCACGACUUAAGGAGGGACGCGUGAGGACGGUUUGCGUGAUUACGGCACCCGAACGCACACAGUCGCAUAAAACACACACAUACACACACCCCGAGGCGACUCUCUCUCCCACACACACACACGGGAGGUUUGUGGAAUAGAGUGAACAUGCAAGGACGGGACGGAUAAUAAGACUGGAUCCAGCGCUUCACCUUCACCUUUUGGAUAACCUGGAAAUUUGAACGCGCCUUUUGCGCACGGAAGAAGAAGAAGAGCGGCGAGCGACGCGCGCAGGAAUAUAUAUAUAUCCCCCUUCUUCUUCUCCUCGUACUUUUGUGUGCUUUAUUUAUUUAUUUUUCACCCCACAUUCUUUGAAGCCUUCCUUCCACUUUGGGAAUAGGAGCUUGAAUUUUUUUUUGGGCUAGGAAAUAUUCCCCGCGGGUGACCCGGCUGCCCCGCCACAGCAUUUUGGGAAAAUAUAAAAGGAUGGCAGCUUGGUUCACCUUUCUGAUCGCAUGCUUCAGCGCGCUCCUAACGCAGAUACUGGGAUCUGGUUUUUUCGAGCUCAAGCUCCACGAGUUCAAGAAUUUUAAAGGUCUGCUGGCGAGCGGAACCCCAUGCAGACCGGACUGCAGGACUUUUUUCCGCGUUUGUCUGAAGAACUACCAGACGAACGUGUCUCCAGGAGACUGCAUCUUCGGCAGCAACAUCACCCAGGUGCUGGGCUCCAACUCGUUCAGGAUGGAAGAAGGACACCAGAGCCUCGUACGCCUGCCCUUCUUCAACUUUGGAUGGCCGGGAUCGUUUUCUUUGGUUAUUGAGGCCUGGUAUUCACCCACAGAGGAUCCACCUGUAGACUCAAACAACCCCGACUUACAGAUUAGUUCUUUUCCCAUCCAAAGACAGCUGGAAGUAGGGGCUGAGUGGUCUCAGGAUGUCCAAAGCAGUCAGCAGACGGAGCUAAGGUAUUCUUACCGGUUCAUCUGCAAUGAAAAUUACUACGGAGACAGUUGUUCCAAAAUAUGCACGCCCAGGGACGACCGUUUUGGCCACUACACCUGCAACCCAGACGGGCAGUUAUCCUGUCUCCCUGGCUGGAAAGGGGAAUACUGCGAAGAACCGAUCUGCCUUAAAGGCUGCAGUGAAGCUAACGGGAACUGCUCCAGCCCUGGGGAAUGUGUGUGCAGAGAGGGCUGGCAGGGAAUGUUCUGCACCGAGUGUAAGAAACACCCCGUGUGUAAGCAUGGUACAUGCCACAAGCCGUGGGAGUGUCACUGUAAAGAAGGAUGGGGGGGACUCUUCUGUGAUCAAGAUCUGAACUUCUGCACCCACCACAAGCCGUGUAUGAACGGAGCCACGUGCAUGAACACCGGGCAGGGCAGCUACACGUGCACGUGCAGACCGGGCUACACCGGGGUCAACUGUGAGCUGGAGGUGCGUCACUGCGACAGCAACCCGUGCAGGAACCGAGGACACUGCGUGGAGCUGGAUAACGGCUACACGUGCACGUGUCUGCCAGGGUUCGAGGGCACACACUGCGAGCACAGCCUCCUGACCUGCGCAGACAUGCCCUGCUUUCAGGGAGGGAAGUGCCACGAGAGAGAUAACGGACGCAGCUAUCUGUGUGACUGCCCUAAAGGAUACACCGGACUCAACUGUGAGAAGAGAGUGGACAAGUGUACCACUCUGCCCUGCGCUAAUGGUGGGGCGUGUGUGAUCCUGGCUGGCGUCCGUAUGUGCAGCUGUCGAGCAGGAUUUACAGGCCAGCGCUGCGAGAUCAACAUCAACGACUGCUCCUCCAACCCCUGCGCUAACGGCGGCACCUGUCACGAUGGCGUCAACGAAUACACCUGCUCGUGCGCUCCGGGGUUCUCCGGACGGAGCUGCGAGUUCCACAGCGCCCCCUGCUCGUCGGAGAACGGCUGCCCGAACUCAGUCAUCACGAAUCCCGUGCACCAGAAUGACCAGUCUGGGGACAAAUUCCAGUGGGCCGCCAUGUCCCUGGGCGUAGGUUUGGUCGCUCUGCUCGUGCUGGUGUGUAUGGUGGCAUUCUCUCUGCGUCACAUUCACCGGCAAGCAGCGGCCGAAAGGACUCACGAUGCCAUGAACAACCAGUCGGACACGCAGAGGGACAACCUGAUCCCGACGUCGCAGCUCAAGAACACCAACAAGAAGGUGGACCUGGAGGUGGACUGCGGUCAGGAGAAGUCGAAUUACAUCCUUAAGAACUACCAUCUGGACUACAACUCCACAAAAGAGUUUAAAGAAAGACAGACGCAAGAGGAUAAAAGUCACAAGUAUGAAAAGUGUUUAGAAGAUAAAAUACCGUUGAGUAGAAUGUACAGUGAAAAGCCGGAGUGUAGGAUAUCGACGAUAUGUUCCCCGAGAGACUCCAUGUACCAGUCUGUGUUUGUAAUAGCGGAGGAGAGAAGUGAAUGCGUCAUAGCAACCGAGGUAUAAACACCAUAACCGGAGGUCACAGAAGAUGGAAGAUGGGACGAUCCGAGGGGAAAAAAACACAAUCAAAGCAGAAAUUUUCUGGAUUGUUUACAAAAAAUAAAAAGAACUGAAAGACUGGAUGAUUUUUUUGUGAUGUCCACUGCUGCUCUGGGAAACUUGAGGACGCAAUAGAUGAAGUUUGCUUUCGGUGUACAGACGUCGUGUACAGUCCUGGACGCUGUCGUUUUUUGUUUUAUUUUUUUGACCCCUACGGUAUGGUUUUAUAGUUUUUCCCAGUCGAGCUUGUAAGGAAGGGGAAAAAAAGCAGGACUUACACUGACUGCACUGCAGGAGGACCAUAGGGGGGAAAAAGGCUUUGGCACUGAGACGUGGCCCCUCCCCACAUGGAUGGAGUGAGCGCUCUCUCUCUCUCUCUCUCUCUCACUAUCAUGUGGUAAUCACAGACACGUCAUCUGCCAACUAAUCACAUCGAAGGUGCCAGGGACUUCCAAACCUUCACGCCAGCAUCAUUGCCCGCUAUGCAAAAAAGGAAAGGAAAAAAAAAAGAAGCACGGAUUAGAGGAGAGAUGGAUGAGGAAUCAUCACAGCCUCUUCCAUCCGAAUCACGAGGAAAUGAAUGUCUGUACAAAACAAAUCAUAUCAAGACUGUAUUUUUUUUUCUUUCUCCAAGAUUGUAUGCAGCCCAAAUUUCACAAAAAAGCCUUAAAAGGAAGGAGACGGACGGGACCGCGUUAUCGUGGGAUUCGUGGAAAAUAAAACAGGAGUCGAUGCAAUCAAGGACCAGCGUGUAGCAGCAGCAGCAGGGAUCGGAGAGACUGGAAAAUAAAACUCAAGUGACUGCACACCAACCACUGACUGCCUAUAAAUUUAGACCAAUAAUGUAAUUUUUAAGAAAAAAAAUGAUUAUUUGCAGAGUUAAUUUAAUUACGACACACUGCUCUUUAUAUGUUUUAUACUAUUAUUUUUUUGUAUAUAAUGCAUAUUUAUAAAAAAAACACACACAAACUGAAGAAUAAAAAAAAAAUAAUUCUUUCA